AUGCCUGCGUCCAGUCGGUUAAUCCGGCCCGCCGCCACCUUCCUCUCCUCCACAGCUCGCCAAGCACGGCCGACGGCAUGCCGAGGAUAUCAAAUCGCCGCGCGCAAAGCACACACAAGCUCAAGGGCAGCUGGCAUUGCUUCGGCGACGUCGCGGCCUGCCCUUCUCAGCGCAACAUCUACGACGCCAUCGUCCUUUAGAGCGCCGCGCGGCGCCCGCAGCAUCUUUAUUCAGACCGAGGGCACGCCGAACCCGGAUGCGCUCAAGUUCCUGCCGAACCACCGGGUGCUCCCCGAGGACAUUACGACGCCCUUUGUCGAGUAUAUGAACCCGCGGAGCACGAUCGCGCCACCGCACCCAUCGCCCCUCGCCGCCCAGCUGAUGAACAUUGACGGCGUCACCUCUGUCUUUUACGGUACCGACUUCAUCACCGUUACCAAGUCCGCCGACGCCAACUGGGCUCACAUUCGCCCCGAAAUCUUUAGCCACAUUACCGAAGCCAUCACCUCGGGCCAGCCCAUUGUCACGAUUAGCAAGAAGGAAGCUUCCGCGGACGGCCAGGAGGUUGCAGAGGAGCUCGACAGUCUGGCUUAUGACGAGAACGACUCGGAAGUCGUGGGCAUGAUCAAGGAGCUCCUCGAGACACGGAUACGACCUGCCAUUCAGGAAGAUGGCGGUGAUAUUGAAUUCAAAGGCUUUACCGAUGACGGCUAUGUGAAUCUGAAGCUGAGGGGUGCUUGCCGGACGUGCGAUUCGAGCACUGUUACACUAAAGAAUGGUAUUGAAGGCAUGUUGAUGCAUUAUAUUGAGGAAGUCAAGGGCGUGAACCAGGUCACCGAUCCAGAAGAAGAAAUUGCCUUGGCCGAGUUUGAAAAGUUUGAGGAAAAGCUCCGGGCUCAAAAAGGUCCUGAUGCUGCGCCAUCAGCCAUGGGCAAGGGGCAAAUUGACUCUGCAGUCGCAUGA